AUGCCGAACAUCGAGAACAAGCCCGCCGCCGGCAUCUCCUACUUUACCCCAGCCCAAGUUCCCCCCGCCGGAUCCGCAGCGAUCCCUCAAUCCGACGGCACACAACCACCCAAGCUUUUCCAGCCCUUCACCGCACGAGGCCUCACAUUCCACAACCGCAUUGGCCUCUCGCCACUCUGCCAGUACAGCGCCCAAGAUGGCCACAUGACAGACUGGCACAUGGCACACCUGGGAGGAAUUGCGCAACGUGGACCCGGUCUUCUCAUGGUCGAGGCCACUGCCGUGCAAGCCAAUGGUCGUAUCACCCCUGAGGACCACGGUCUCUGGAAAGAUUCGCAGAUCGAGCCCCUCCGCCGCGUCGUCGAGUUCGUCCACUCGCAGAGCCAGAUCAUCGGCAUUCAGCUCGCUCAUGCCGGUCGCAAGGCUAGCACAGUCGCGCCUUGGCUCAGCAAGGCCGAUACUGCGGUCGCUGAGUUCGGUGGAUGGCCUGAUAAUGUUAAGGGACCGAGCAACGUCCCCUUCCAUGCCAACUUCCCCACACCCCAGGCAUUGACGAAGGAUGAGAUUGAGACCUUCAAGAAGGACUGGGUGGCGGCGGUCAAGCGUGCUGUCAAGGCUGGCGUUGACUUUAUCGAAAUUCACAAUGCCCACGGCUACCUACUCAUGAGCUUCCUGUCGCCGGCCACGAAUGACCGCACCGACGAGUACGGAGGCAGCUUCGAGAACCGCAUUAGACUGUCAUUGGAAAUUGCCAAGCUGACACGCGAGAACGUGCCCGACAACAUGCCCAUUUUCCUGCGUGUCUCCGCGACCGACUGGUUGGAGGAAUCAUUGGCCGACCAGCCAAGCUGGCGACUCGAGGACACCGUCAAGUUUGCGCAGGCACUGGCGGAUAGCGGUGACGUUGAUCUCUUGGAUAUCAGCAGUGGUGGAAAUCACGAGAAGCAACACAUCCACGCGAAGUCUGCAUUCCAAGCACCCUUUGCCGUUGCCGUCAAGAAGGCUGUGGGAGAUAAGCUCAAGGUUGGAUCAGUCGGCAUGAUCGGCUCCGCUGAAGUGGCCAACUCGUUGCUCGAGAAGGAGGGCUUGGACUUCGUUCUUGUCGGGCGUGGCUUCCAAAAGAACCCUGGGCUUGUGUGGACUUGGGCGGAAGAUCUCGGCGUUGACAUUUCCAUGGCUAACCAGAUUCGCUGGGGCUUCGCUACUCGCGGAACCGGUGGUGGCCCUUACCUGCACAAUCGCCCUAACAAAAUCUAG